AUGAAUCGUGAUCCAACAGUACUAGCAAGAGCAAAAAUUUCCGCAGAGGUAUUAGGUGAAAUCAUCAAUAAUUUGAUGGAACAGUUUUCAUAUAAAACCAUGCUUUUUAUGGUUGCAAUUGUUCUAGCCAUUUUUGUAUCUCGAGCUUUGGUCGAUAUGAUCAAGACACGCUUAUUUAAUAACCAUUCCCUUCCAGAAUCACCUCAUCCUAGAAUGCAUUCAAUACCUAUUUCUCCUGAGCAUAUGACGCCAAUACACCAUAUGUCACCAGGAAGUCCACAGACCCCUCAGCAAAACAAUGUUGGAGUUUAUUAUGUGUUAAAACAUUGA